CCCCCGGUGCCCCUCUUUUGUCUGAUGUCCUCUCGAGCCAUACACCUUGCGAGAACCUAGUUGCCGUCGACGAGAUCGCUGCUGCUGUCGCCAGGUUCAGGCGAUAUCGCCGCCGAUUUCCCCGUCUCGCGCGAUCAACAUUUCCGCGAAACUAAAGUGCCAGUGAGCUCUGCAUUGAUGAUGGAGUUUUGACUUCUGGGCAAGACAAUACUCUUGGACUGUUGGACAGCUCUUGAUCUUCUUGACUUGUGAGUUCUAAGGAUGAUUGAUUUGGAGAUGGGCGAGAUUAGCUUGGAACGGAAUGAAGAUGAUAGAGCAACACGCAGAGAUGAUGCAGGUGGAUUGAAUGAUGAUGCGGAGACCAACAAUGUUAGCAAGGAGAAGUCCAGAGAGUCUGAAAAACACAGAAGCAAAGACGGAAGUAAAGCAAAACGAGAAGAUAGGGAUCAUGGAAGCAAGGGAAGGGAAAGGUCCAAAGAAAGAGUGAGUGAAGAUUACACUGCCAGAGAUUCUGAUAGAUAUGAUGCAAGGGAUAGGGAUAGAUCAGAGAGCGGUAGGGACAGAAGAAAAGAAGAAAGAUCACAAUAUGGGAAACACAGAGAUCAUGACAAGGAUCGAGACAAAGAGAGGAGCAGAGAUAGGGUUCGCGAGGAAGAACAUAGCCGUGAUAAAUACAGGGAGAAGGAUAGAGGAAAGGACCUUGGUAGAGAGAGGGAGCGAAGUACUGAUCGGGAAUAUGAGAGAAGUCGGGAUCAUGGAAAAAGUAGAGGAAGAGAACGAGAGAAUGACAGUGAGAUUGAGAAGGAAAGGGAGAUGGUGCGAGACCAUGAUAUGGCGAAGGACCGUGAUCAUGAUAGGAGUAAAACUCGUGAUAGAGAAUCAGAAAGGGAAAGAAGAAAAGAGAUAAAUAUUGAGAAGGGAAAGGAUAAUAAAAACAGGGAAAAAGAGAAGGACCGUGACCGAACAAAGGACAAGGAAAGAGAGAAAACUAAAGAUCGAGAAAAAGAUAGGGAUAGAGAUUGGGAAAAAGAAAGAGACAAGAGUAAGGAAAAGUUGAGAGAGAAGGAAAUUGAUAGAAGUGUGGAGUCUGAUCGAGUUAAACCAAGAACAAAGGAUAGAGAAAAUUGGGCAGCUGGAGCUAAAGAAAGUGAGAAGGAUGAUAGAAUACAAUCUAAUAUUGAGAUUGAUAGGCUUGAUGCAAGGGAGGAAGAAGCAUCUUGGAAUGAGAUAGACACCCACGAAAUGUCUAAACACAAGAAUCAGCAAACUGAAAAGCUGGCAGAAUUUCCAUCAACCUCAGUUCUUGAGACGAGGAUAACAAAGAUGAAAGAAGAAAGAACGAAGAAAAAAUCUGAUGGUGAUUCUGAUAUACUAGCAUGGGUGAGCAAGAGUAGGAAGCUUGAGGAGAAGAAGAAUGCUGAAAAGGAAGCUCUACGGCUUUCAAAAGUUUUUGAGGAGCAGGAUAAUCUCCUAGCUGAGAGUGAUGAUGAGGAACCAGCUGGAAACACACAAAAUCUAGCAGGAGUUAAAAUUCUUCAUGGGCUUGAUAAAGUAAUAGAGGGUGGGGCAGUUGUUUUGACACUCAAAGAUCAAGAUAUUCUUAGGGAUGGUGAUGUCAAUGACGAGAUUGAUAUGCUUGAGAAUGUGGAGAUUGGGGAGCAGAAAAUGAGAGAUGCGGCCUACAAUGCUUCCAAAAAGAGAACUGGACUAUAUGAUGAUAAGUUUAGCGAUCAAUCGGGACCUCAAAGAGCAAUUCUUCCGCAAUAUGAUGAUCCCAUGGAAGAUGAGGGAAUAUCAUUGGAUGAAGGUGGGCGCUUUACAGGUGAAGCUGAGAAGAAGCUCGCAGAGCUACGCAAGAGGAUCGAAGGUGGUGGCUCUGUCCAGAAAGGCUUUGAAGAUCUGAGAGCUUCAGCAAAAAUUACAUCAGACUAUUAUACUCCUGAAGAAUUGCUUCAGUUUAAGAAGCCAAAGAAAAAGAAAUCUCUGAGAAAAAAAGAAAAGUUAGAUUUGGAUGCCAUGGAAGCUGAGGCUGUUUCUGCUGGGUUAGGAGCCAGUGAUCGUGGUUCGAGGACCGACUCGAGAAGGCAGGCUGCCAAGGAGGAAAAGGAGAAAAUUGAAGUUGAAAUAAGAAACAGAGCAUACCAGGCAGCAUACGACAAAGCAGAAGCGGCUUCAAAAAUUUUGCGUCAUGAGCAAACCUUAACAUUCAAGUCUACAGAGGAUGAGGAUUUCGUCUUUGGUGAAGAGUAUGAAGAUCUGCAAAGGUCUCUAGAACAAGAAAGAAAACUUGCUCAUAGAAAACAGGAUGAAACUGCUGCUUCUGGUCUUCAGGCUGUUGCUCUUCGAGCUACGUCUAGUAAAGAACAAGAACAUUCUCAGAGCCAAUACACAGGAGAACCACAAGAAGAAAAAGUUGUAAUUACAGAAGUUGAGGAGUUUGUUCUUGGUCUUCAACUUACACAAGGAGCCCAGAAACCUGAAUCAGAAGAUGUUUUUAUGGAUGAUGAUGAUUCUCCCAUUUCUCUCGAUACUGAAACAAAAGGUGAUGAUGUUGGAUGGACCCAAGUGGAAGAAACUACAAAAGCUGAAGUUUCUGAUAAUGAAAAUACGGAUGAUGCUUCUCCAGAUGAGAUUAUUCAUGAGGUUGCUGUAGGAAAAGGUUUAUCAGGUGCACUGAAGUUACUUAAAGAACGAGGUGCACUUAAGGAGACCAUAGAUUGGGGUGGCAGAACUAUGGACAAAAAGAAAAGUAAACUUGUCGGGAUUUAUGACAAUGAAGGGGCAAAAGAAAUCCGAAUUGAGAGGACUGAUGAAUUUGGCCGUAUAAUGACGCCUAAGGAAGCAUUUCGAAUGCUUUCACAUAAAUUUCAUGGCAAAGGUCCAGGAAAGAUGAAGCAGGAGAAGCGAAUGAAACAAUAUCAUGAGGAUUUGAAGACUAAGCAGAUGAAAGCUUCAGACACUCCAUUGCAUGCAGUGGAAAAAAUGAGGGAAGCUCAAGCCCAACUUAAGACACCUUAUUUGGUGCUAAGUGGGCAUGUUAAACCAGGGCAAACCAGUGACCCCAGAAGUGGUUUUGCUACUGUCGAGAAAGAUCAUUUGGGGAGUUUGACACCCAUGCUCGGUGACAAAAAGGUUGAACACUUCCUCGGGAUCAAACGGAAACCUGAUAUGGGCAGCAUGGGGCCACCGCCACCCAAAAAACCGAAGAGUUGAAGGGUACGAGGUUAAUUCUUGGAUAAUCAUCUUCUACCAAGAACGGAGGCUAUAGAGACUGAUUUUGAGUACACAGAAAGAUGUUGGAGAGGAGCUUGGACCGAUAAGGCAUGGAGGAGGAGAGUUGGACCAUUGCUUCGCAUUCAAAUCAACUCAAGCACAACCGGCCCCUUUUGAUCUCGAAAUCUAGUGAUUAUAUUCAAGGAUUUCUGUUCAAAGUAACUUUGAAAACAAGUUGCAUCUAUAUAUUUCAUUCAUAUGAGAUAAUGUCCUAUGCUACUUUUUCGUGUGUUGUAUUAACAACUGAAAAUGUUCAUUAUCACAGCACCAAAUAGUUUCCUUUUUGGCAUCAGAUCAA